GUAACACUUAAAGGAUUUAGUCCUUUGCUUCAGUUUGCAUACACAGCUAAACUUAUUUUAGAUAAAGACAAUGUGUCUGAAGUUUGCAAGUGUGCUGAAUUUUUGGGUGUACACAACAUUGAAGAGUCUUGCUUUCAGUUUCUCAAGUUCAAAUUUUUGGACUUUAAAUCGGAUCAUCCUAGGAAGAAGUGUUGUACACAGCGUUAUCGGAAAACAAACCCUAAAACUGGCAACGGGGCUGAUGGAGACCUAGAAAUAGAUGAUGAAGCAGAAGAACUUUUAGAGAAGGAAUAUAUGCAAAGUCCUGACACAAAACUCUCUAAGGAUGAAGAAAAUGCUAACUCAUCGCCAGCUCUCCAAGAUAACGCCAGUCAAACAUGUGAUCCUGUACAUUUGGAAAGGGGUAGUGUUUCCGGCUUAUCUUCCCAAUGCCCAAAGUAUAGGAAAUUCCAGAAAGCUUUUGGAAGUGACAAAGUUCAUACUUCAGAGUCCAGUUCUAGUAUUAAAGACAUUCAGAUGCCACCAAUUGCAACUUUUCUUGAGAAGGAAGUAUCUGAUAAUAAUGGGAUACAAAAAGCUCAGGAGUGUGUACCUAUGCAGCUGGUCUCAAAAUGUGAAGAGGCUCAGGUAAAAAUGGAAGAAGGGGAGGAAGACACUGAGAAAAAGGAAGAGUCAAAGAGAGAUUCUGUGACUCAGAAUGUUUUGUGCCCUGUGGAGAAAAUGGAUCUUGUUGCUUUCCCCCAAAACUCUGCUGCACCUCAUGGACUCAAUUCUGUUUCUUUUUUACAUACCUGUGAGCAAUAUGGUAACUUGAAUUUCAGUAGUAUGCAAAACAGCACAGUCUUAGCUGAAAAAACUGUAUCAGGUACAGGAAGUGGGAAUGACAAAGUUGAAAGUCAAGGUGACACAUCUUCGAAGGUUGAUUUGGACACUAGGGAAGCCACUAACAUUACAGCAGCUGGUGAUCGAAGCAGUGUGGAGAGAGAGGUAGCAGAACAUCUAGCAAAAGGGUUCUGGAGUGAUAUUUAUAGCACAGAAGCCUGUCAAAUACAUUUACCCCCUGCAGUUCCAAAAGAGUGCAUGGAGCCAAUGUAUUCAGGGAAGAAAUCGGAGUGUCCAUGGCUGGGUAUCAGGAUCAGUGAAAGCCCUGAACCUUGCUCUCAACGAACUUUUACAACAUUGAGUUCUGUCAACUGCCCCUUUAUAAGCAAUCUUAGUACUGAAGGAUGCUCCAACAGCUCUGAAAUAAGCAGUGGAGAUUAUGUCCAGGGACAGCAACAAGAACAGUGUCCCUAUAAUUAUGUGAUAAGUCUGGGAGAGGAUUCAGAAACUGACACUGAGGGAGACAGCGAAUCCUGUUCAGCAAGAGAACAAGAAUGUGAGGUAAAACUGCCAUUUAAUGCACAAAGGAUUAUCUCACUUUCCAGAAAUGACUUCCAGUCAUUUCUGAAAAUGCAUAAAUUAACUCCUGAACAAUUGGACUGUAUUCAUGAUAUCCGAAGACGAAGUAAAAAUAGAAUUGCAGCACAGCGAUGUCGUAAGAGAAAACUUGACUGCAUACAAAAUCUUGAAUCUGAAAUUGAAAAACUG